AUGCCGCUCUGCAGAUGCCGUGCCCAAAUCCCUGGCACCGUGUGGAGGUUCUUGGCUCAGACGCAUGUGCGUCUCGCCAGUGGAGCGGCGAAUGUGGCCCCGCCACUGGGGUGGAAGGUGUGCUACAGUGAAAGGCAUGGGAAAGAAUAUUUUUGGAACCCCGAGACUCGCAAAUCACAGUGGGAGCGGCCGGAGUCGGAGGCGCUUCUGCCACCAGACUGGCGGGCUGUUUACAGCAAGGCCCAUGGCCAGCACUACUACUGGCAUUGCGCCACUGGGGCGACCCAAUGGAUGCGACCGGAGGCGACCGAGGCAACCGAGCCGUGCGCGGCCAGCGAGCCACGUGCAAGUGUGCUGCCCAAUGGAUGGGAGGCAGUUUGGAGCAGUGAUCACGAUCGGUACUAUUACUGGCACGCAGCUUCGCAGCAGAGCACGUGGGAUCUGCCCAAGGCUUCUCCAGCAUCUCCAAGCAACUCCAUGCGGGAAUCCGCUGCGCCGGUGCCAUCUCCACGGUCUUCGGCUCACCGGGAGACCUUUGGAUGGAGGAAGGUGCUGCAUUCUGCCUGCACGUGGGAGGAGCUGGAGGGAGAGGAGUUUAACCUGGUGAAAGAGCUUUUGUCGCAUCACCCCAAUGUCACGGAGAAGAUUGGGAGUGGACUUCGAGGACUCAAGUCCUGGAUCCGAGCACGGCGACAUGGCCGAGACGAUCAGCCUUGGAAGGUGAUCAGAUCGGGUGCGCAUCGCGCCCGCCUGAAGUAAUCAGAUCGGUGACGCCGAGGUGUCCACCAGUUCACGCCAGUGCUUCACGUGGAUUGCGAACGCAUGGGCCAUCCACGUAGGCCCCAUCCAUUCUGUGCAUGUUGCUCAGCUCGGAGACCGGCAUCGCAUCCGGUCCCCAGGGCCGGUCGGCGACGCUCCGUCGAGCGCCGAGAAGCUGCGCCCAGGUGGAUCGUUCGCCUGAGGGCAGCCGCUGCUUCUGGGUGCUGCGCUCCGAUGGAUCGGAGGAGGAUUUCUCGGCCUGGAAGUGUGUGAAGAUGCUGGCGAGCAGAAGUCGUGACAGACAAGCUGCUCACUUGUGAGCGGGCGCGGCGGCCCCGAGCUGAACCUGAACUUGCGGCGACGACUUGGUCUCACCGACCAUCUCCACAGCUCGACCAAAA